GACGCGUCUUCUAUCCACCUGUCCGCUCGCUCACCUAGAACUGGAACCGAACCAGCCUCCACAUUCAUUUCGCUCCUACGCGUAGGAACUCGCAGAUCGGAGAGACGAGGCGGCCGUGGCUUUGCUUCCCCACUUCCUUCUUGCUUCCCGAUCGCGCGAGGAGGAGGUUCUAGAGUAUUCGAGUCGAGGGGAUUCAGAUGGCGCUGCAGUGGAUGAUCCUGGCGUGCGUGGUGGCGGCGGAGGCCGCGGUGGCCGCGCUGCUCACGCUCCCGGCGCCUCGCGCCGUGCGGGGCCAGAUCGUCGCCCUGACGUCCUUGCUCCUGCAGCCCUUCGCUUGCGUACUCCCCUUCGCGGGCUUCAACCUCCUCGAUAUCUACUGGAAGAAGGAGCACAGGCUGAUGUGCACCUCGGAGAUUUGCACCGCCGACGAGCGCAUCCGUUUCGAGAAAUCCAUCUUCAAAGCCCAGAGGAAUGUCAUCCUUUGCGUUUCAGCAUGCCUCCUUUAUUGGUGCAUUUACCGUAUUGUCAAGUACAACAAGGAUGUUAAGGCAUUGGAAGAGGCCGAGAAGCGUCUCAAGGAAGAAUAGAAUCAUUGUAGUUUAAGGCGGAUCCAAUUCCUGGCCUUCAGAAGAUAUUUUCAUAUACUAGCUCCGCAGGAUUUCCGGUGUAUAGUGUUAUCCUUGGAACAAAGAAGAGAAUGUCACGCUGUUUCGGCACACAUUCAGUAUCAGUGUCAUCUUAAAAUGUCUCUUUUAACUUACGUUGACGGUUGCUGUGGACAUUUGUAGCAUCGUUCGUUUUUCAACAGUUUGAACAUUUGCUGGAAUGUCGUCUGAACAUCCGUUUACCGGCCAUUCCUUGGUCUUGCAUGUUGAAUCAGUCUGGUAUUUGUUUAGAAUUGUACUUAGACCUGAUCACUGGGUUGCUUCCCUUGUUGUCAAAGGUUCUAACAGUUUAACUAA